AUGGCCAUGGAUCGCAAACCCAUCGUAUCGGCGAAGGAAGUCGAGCUGCUCAUCGCCCAGGGCCAGCCAAUCGUCAUCCACGAGGGGUAUGCCCUGCAACUGACGCAGUGGAUCGACAGGCAUCCUGGCGGCCGCCUCGCCAUUUUGCACAUGGUCGGCAGAGAUGCCUCCGAUGAAAUCAACGUGUACCACUCGGCCCGCUCGCUGCAGAUGAUGAAGCAGCAUCGUCUUGGCCGCAUCCAGGAACCAUGGAAGAACCUCGAGCCUCCGAUCCGCUCCCCCAACUACCGCGACCAGAUCAGUCAGCCGAAGGAUUCUUGCAUCGCGGCACCCGUGACCAAGGGGACGACGGCACCUGUCCCCGGACAUCGGUCCAGGCCGAGCAUCGACAUCGGUCCGCUGGGUUUCUUGACCCCGCCGUCAUGCACGGGGGUGAACCCGCAGCCAGACCUCAUCCCCGGUGGCUCUUGCAGCCGCAGGAUCGGCUCGGUGCAAAGUGCCGACCCAGAGAAGCAGGCGCUCUUGGACACGCCGGAUAAAAUUUCAUCCGAGGGCUCAAGGAUUGCAUAUGCCACGACCAUGGAGCAAAAGGAGAUCGCAGAGGGUAUACUUGACUAUCCGUCUCUGGACGAAGAGACGCAGCAGUCAAUCCGGCUGCACUACCGGGCCCUUCACCAGGAAAUCAUAAAUAGGGGACUAUACCAAUGCCGCUACUCUGAGUACGGCAAGGAGUCGAUUAGAUAUGCGGUCUUGUUCUGCGCCUUUCUCUACCUGCUCCUCACUGGAUGGUACUUGACAUCGGCCAUAUUCCUGGGCCUCUUUUGGCAACAAAUCAUGUUCACUGCUCACGACGCUGGCCAUCGUGGUAUCACUGGCAACUUCGUCAUCGACACCUUGAUCGGAGCUUUCAUCGCCGACUUCUGCUGCGGUCUGUCUAUAGGAUGGUGGAAGUCAUCCCACAACGUCCACCACUUGAUAACCAACAUGCCUGAGCACGACCCUGACAUCCAAAACAUUCCCCUCUUCUCAAACUCCCCUACAUUCAUGAAAUCGGUCUUUAGCACCUUCUACAACUUCGAAUUCGUCUGGGACGGCGCUGCCGACUUCCUCGUCCCCUACCAAAAAUACACCUAUUACCCAGUCAUGGCUCUCGCCCGAUUUAACCUCUACAUGCUCUCCUGGCUCCACCUGCUCUCCCCGCGGGCUACCCAACUCGGUUCCGCAUGGUGGACCCGCCACGUCGAACUCGUUUUCAUGCUCUUCUACUGGGCCAUCUUCGGGUACGCGCUCGUCUGGUGCACGCUCCCCGACUGGCCCACCCGCAUCGGCUUCGUCAUGAUCUCGCACAUGAUGACCAUGAUCCUACACGUGCAAAUCACUCUCUCUCACUGGGGCAUGCCGACGUCCGACCUCGGCCCCAUGGAAUCCUUUCCCCAGCGCCAGCUUCGCACAACUAUGGACGUCGACUGUCCCGCCUGGUUGGAUUUCCUACACGGCGGUCUGCAGUUCCAAGCUGUGCAUCAUUUAUUUCCGAGAUUGCCGCGACAUAAUUUGAGGGAGGGUCAGUUUUUGGUAAGGGAGUUUUGCGAGAAAACAAAUAUUCAGUAUAAUUGCUACGGCUUUGUUAAGGGGAAUAAGGUUGUGUUGAGUAGAUUGGAAGAGGUGGCGAAGAUGGUCGAGAUGAUGGUAGACUGUCAGAAGCAUAUGGCUGAGACGGGAGAGAGUGGCCUGAAUUAGGUUUGUUGACUGGUCCCUGCGCGAUGUACCUGUCUGCAUACAUUCAUCGGUGUGCAUGUGUAAAUCGUGGGUUUGGUCUGGUUUGGAAGCUGUAUUUAUAGUAUACCCUGCAUGCCUGCGAGCAUAGACUGAGUGCGCAUAGACUGGGCGCACUUAGACAACAAAAUG